AUGGGGGGAGUGUGUCGGAGGCGGAAAGGAGGAAAGGGGAUGGGGAGCGGGUCGGAGAAUGUGAACGCGAGGGCGCUUGACGGCCAUAAACACUUGCCUAGUUUGGCAUCGGCGCAUCUGCCUCCAAACCCUGCCCUUCACGAAAGACUUGGGACCAAUGCCUCCAACCACGACGGAGAAGAACACAAACCAACCUGCGAAGCUGUUUGGACGCGGGCGAGAGGCAAAACAGACUGGAGACCCACCG